AUGGCAGACACAUCACACCCAAACCUGAACUUGACUGCGGAGGAGAAGCGGGUAUUCUACCAGCUUUUCCAAAUGGCAGAUAAAACAAAUCUCGGAGUUGUCCCAGGCGAAGUCGCAGUUUCGUUUUUCGAGAAAACCAAUUUACCCGCAGAAACUUUGGGUUUGAUAUGGCAAAUUGCGGAUAAACAGAAUCGCGGUCUUUUAACUCCGUCCGGAUUCGGUAUUGUUAUGCGACUGAUCGGUCAUGCUCAAGCCGGUCGUUCCCCGACGGAGGAACUGGCAUAUCAGCGCAUCACCCCAGAACCACCUCUAGCCGUCCCACCAACUGCACCGCCCCCAUCAACCACAAGCCCUCCGCCCGGGCCUGGGUCAGCACGGGUUCCACCAUUGAAUCAGGAUGAUAUUGGAAAGUUUACUGCCCUUUUUGAAAGAUCCGAGACGCAAAACGGCCUCAUCGCAGGUGAUACCGCGAAACAAAUAUUUGAGCGCGCGCGGCUCCCGAAUGAGAUACUUGGACGCAUUUGGAAUUUGGCUGAUACCAAACAGCGCGGUGCUCUGGAUAUUACCGAAUUUACUAUUGCUAUGCAUCUUCUCACAGCGUUCAAAAUGGGUACGAUGCGCGCAGUCCCACCAUCACUUCCUCCGGGACUGUAUGAUGCGGCUAGCCGACGAGGGAAUGUACGCGCAUCAAUCGGUUCCCGUUCUUCCUCAGAUGUUCCACCCGUUCCGGCGAUACCAAAGCAGUUCUCUGGUCCUACUCCUCAGAGAACACAGAGCCCGUUAAACCGAUCACAUAUGGGCCCUGUAUCCACUCAUGGCACCGGAACCGAAUGGCUUAUCACACCCCAAGAAAAGGGACAUUUUGACUCAAUUUUCAACACGAUAGAUAAAAGGAGAGUUGGUUAUCUGAGUGGUGAUGAUGCCGUGGGGUUCUUCGCGAACGCACAGCUACCGGAAGAAACUUUAGCGCAGAUUUGGGAUCUAGCAGAUAUUGACUCUGAUGGGCAACUGAGCAAAGAUGAAUUCGCAGUAGCAAUGUACCUGGUGAGACAGCAACGGACGACAAGGGAACCUCUACCUCAGGUCCUUUUACCUGCAUUGAUCCCUCCAAGCAUGCGACGGCAAUCUGCUCCACCCCCACGCCCCAUACCCUCCCAGACGACUGGUUCGCGAUCAGCCGCCGAGGACCUAUUUGGACUUGACGUGUUCACUGCGCCGAUUCAAACGUCGCAAUCAACUGGAGGAUCGAACCCUCCUUUUCAAAGCCCUUCCUCUCCUACACGGCCCCCUCCGUCUAGUACAUUCAAGCCCUUUAUCCCUUCAUCCUCGUUCGGCCAGAGUCUCACUCCUCAUACUACCGGGCUAUCAAACACAGCCGUCCAGCCGCGGUCACCAGCCCAGCCUUCAGAUGAUUUGCUUGGAGAUGCUGACCCUGAAGAGAGCAAGAAGCUUACGCAAGAGACAACAGAGCUUGCCAACCUCUCUAACCAGGUCAGUACUUUAUCAAAGGAAAUGGAGAACGUCCAAGCCAAGCGUGGGAAUGCAGAGCAAGAUUUAGCGCAAUCGAACCAACAAAAACGAGAUUUUGAGACCAGGCUUUCGCAAGCCAGGGCAAUGUAUGAACAAGAGGUUAAAGAUUUUAAAGCGCUCGAAGAGCGACUAACAGCUUCAAGAACCGAGACCAGAAAGCUACAACAAGAUUUCGCCAUGAUUGACGGCAGCCGACAGGAUCUACAAAAUCAGUUUAACCAGGUAUCGGCGGCGCUAGAAGCAGACCAACGCGAGAACGCCAGUUUGAAAGAAAAGAUACGGCAUGCGAAUGCUCAAGUUAGCCAGCUCAAAUCUCAGCUUGAGAAGAUUAGAUCCGAAGCCCGCCAACAGAAAGGGCUAGCGGCAAUCAAUAAAAAGCAACUCUCCACUAUUGAAGGAGAACGAGACCGAAUUCAAGAAGAGAUUGAUGACACCGGAAAGGGCCUAGGCGAAGCUGAGAGGCAGUCUACCAGCCCGCCGCCUAUUACCAGCCCUGCCACAUCAGCCGCUAGCCAGGGAACAAAUCCGUUUUUCAAACGAAGCCCCAGUGCAUCAACAGAAAAGGCGUUGUCUCCAUCCCAUACAGGUAAUGAAGGGCAAAAUAAUCCUCAAAAUAUCUUUGAUAAUAUGUUUGGUCCGGCAUUCACCAGCCCUUCGACAACCACUCCACCACCUCCGACCACAUUCAGAACAGAAACCUCUACUCCCCAACCACAAACUGCAAACCCUACGAAACCAUCAACUUCAUCGGGGGACCCAAGUCUCUCAACUUCUUCUUCUACGACCUUUCAACCCAUUCCUGACCCAGCGGAACCACCACCUCCUCCUCGAUCAAGGCAGAUAACACCCAAUGCACUUCCUAUUGAAGGGCAUGAAGAAUCGCAAUCCUCGUCAGCUCAAGCAUCGCCACCCGCUAGUAGAUUUGGUGACAAUCCACAACCAGAGGCGACGUCUCAACUGCCUGAUAGCAAGGAAGCAUCGCCCUUUGAACAUGGAGACCCCUUCGCCGGAGAUGUAAAUGGGAACAAUGAUCAAAAUUUAGCACGAAAUGAAUCCCCUCCCGCGACAACCGCGGCAUCUUUGGCUUCUCCGCAUGAACAAGUCAAAAAGGACUACACAUUUGAUGAGCUAUUCGCUGGUCGCACCCAUGAACGUUCUCAAUCGCAAAAGGCUCUUGACUUUGAAGAAGCGUUUGCAGCAAUGAAAAAAGAUUCCAGAAUGGGUUCUGCUAAUAGCGGACAACUUGACGGUGCCGCUAGCGAAUUUCCGCCUAUCAGAGAACUUGACGACGACGAUGAUAGCACCGAUAGCGAAAGUCCAGCUGGGUUUGAUGAUGAUUUUACGCCUGUAUCCCCACCUAGAGGAACUGGCAAAGAAAUUCAACCGUUCCCUCCAAACGAACCCACUCCACUGCCUGGUCCAGAUGCUCAGCCAUCUCCUCCAAGCUACGAUAAAGCAUCAAAACAACCCAGUGGUACUGCGCCCCCUGAAUUCGGGGAUCUCCUUCCGGGCAGAGUGGAUCCAACCGCACCGGGCGACGCACCUCACUCUGUCGACGAGACUACCGGUGCUCCGAUUAUAAGUGGUGUACCUAAACCCACUACUGCAGCAUCGCCUAAACCACCUGCGGACUUCGAGGCAGCUUUUGCAGGCUUGAACCUCACACCCGCUAAGGAGGUCGAAGAUGACGACGACGACGAGGAUGACUUUGAGUCACCAUUCAACAAGGACCCGUCCAAUUUUGAUAUGACAUUCGAGUCUCCUAGUGCGCCAUCAAAAUCGAGCACCAGUGCCCAAGCCGCAAAUGGCUCUUUUGGUGAUGCUAGUACAAAGCCAAACUUCUUCAGCUUCGAUAACCCCGGCACCCGUCCAACAACAGCUGGGGAUCCACCAAAUUCUUCAUCUCCACCACAGGCGCCUUCUGCACAUGAUUGGGAUGCAUUAUUUUCCGUCCUUGAUGAAGCCAAGGGCCAAAGUGGCGCAAACAAGCCCGAUAUAACCUCUUCGACCACAGUGCCACCCACGUCCACGGAAUCUUCUCAAAUACCCGUACCAGCAACGGCUAGUCCUCCAGUUCAGAGCAAGCAGCCUGGGUGGGCUUUAGAUGCAGAUUCAGGCGAAGACGAUCUUAUAUUGCAGCGGUUGACUUCGAUGGGAUACCCAAGAGACGAGUCAUUAGCUGCCUUGGAAAAGUUUGAUUAUAAUCUGGACAAGGCAGCUGAUUUCUUGGCAUCAAAAUCGUAG